ACGCUCCGCGUUUUUCCACCAGUCGGCUACUUGAUGCGAAAAUGUACGAAACCCUACAACAUUCCGGGCACUGACAUUACCUUGGACCCGGGAGUAAAGGUCGUAAUUCCGACUAAAUCAUUCCACCACGAUCCCCGGUACUGGGAAGACCCGGAACUGUUUCGUCCGGACAGAUUUCAUCCGGAUAACGUGGCGACUAUCAACAAAAAUGUCUAUUUGCCGUUCGGAGAUGGACCAAGGAAUUGUAUAGGGGAGCGCCUCGGAAUCAUGCAAUUUCUGGCUGGCCUGGCAGCACUGCUCAGCCAAUUCUCCGUGGCACCAGGAAAGACCACAGUGCGUAAUCCUCCUCUCGACCCAACAGUCUUCCUUGUGCAGAGCGUGCUUGGUGGCUUGCCGCUGAUGCUCGUCCCUAGAAAGAAAAACUUGUGAUGUAAACAAAAUUGUCAGCUGACAAACAAUACUCGCAAGUCUCACAGUAAAUAAAA